AUGGCCUCCAGACGCUCUGCAAGGCGAGGUAGAACAUACGCUGCAAGCUCAAGUGCGCCCUCCUCAACCAACGAAGGGAUUGAUACGCACCGCCAUGUUGGAGAUGAGGACGGGACAACACGCAGUACCAAGAACGCUCCAUAUCUGACUACAGAUGUGUUACGCCAGAGACUACAGGCUAUUGGGGUUAGUGUGCCUUCGACAUGGGGGAGGAAGACCGUGUUGCAGCUGUACAAAGAGAACUGUGCGAUCAGCAGGGGUGUAGAGGCGGUUCCAGUAACCCUCCCCCGUAACAGUGGCUCAAGUCCGACAUCGGCCAUUCCGUCUUCACAGCACACCCCCUCGCACAUUGGAAUUUCCGGGAACACCGAGGAGACAUCCGAUACCAGGGCGACACCACCAACUCCUUCGGCUGACAUGAUUGGCGGAAUAUGCAAUGCCCAGACUGGCCCGGCGCUGCUGGAUCUCCAACUCAUCACCAACACCAACACCCAACAGUCCGCUGUGUUUCUUACAGGAGCCUCCGUCAGGAGCAUGUGCGGCUCCUUGUCCUUUGGCUUCCUGUUUGGCCGUCUUAACAAGCACCUGCUGAUGUUCCUCAUCCUGCUCGGGGCAGCUGUAGCCGUCGGGGUUCUGCCGUUGUGCACACCGUAUAUUCUGAUGGUCUUCAUGCAUGGAAUCGUGUCCUUCUUUAGGGCUGGACACGUUACUUGUGGUAACACAGAUUUGAUAAGGACUUGGGAAGCUGAAAGGAGGGUGUUCAUUCAGAUUCUCCACUUCUGCUUCGCUCUUGGGGGAACGCUUUCCCCACUCAUCACAGAACCCUUCCUUGCACAUAGUACAAGCUCAAACAAUACCCGAGGGGCAGACAACUCCAGCACCCCUCUCUCUCACAUCUGCGUGAACAACAGUGACUUUGUAGACAAUGGAAACUGUGAUAUAGUUGUCACAGAAACAAAAGUUGAAUACGCGUAUCUCAUAACAGGGAUUCUGUUCCUCGUAGCUUCGUUGACCUUCCUGAUCCAAAGGUGCUGCCGCAGAUCCGAACCAGCUGAUGCCCAGAAGUCUAUGACUGGAUACGCCAAUUUGGACGAACCGUUACCGAUGGUGUAUAUCUUUGGUACAAUGGUAUUUGUUGUUUUGAUCUUUAUCUUUCUCGUGGCCGUUGAGGCGUGUUUGGCAUCCUUCCUCCUGACCUUCGUGGUGGAGCAGCUGAACUGGACGAAAACAUCGGGAGCUAGACUGACAUCAGUAUUCUGGGCCUGUUACGCAGCCAUGAGGUUUGCAACAAUCUUCUUCACGGGACGUGUGUCCCCAUUUGUUCUCAUUCUCGUCACCUCUAUCACCAUGCUUCUAUCUGCAGUAGGUCUGCUAAUGUCCUCUAUCUAUGACAAUGAAAUCGGUGUGUGGGCCUGUGUUGCAUUGAGUGGGCUGUCUCUCGCCUCACAGUUUCCGUCGACGAUGAUGUGGCUGGAAGAGUCGAUACUGAGGCUGUCAUCCAGGAUCGUCUCCAUCAUUGUCUUCUCCUCCACCUUGCCCGGUAUCAUCAACCCGUUAGUCAUUGGGUAUCUGAUGCAGGAAAUCUCCCCAAUAUGGUUGAUGUACAUACUCACUAUUGAGAGUGGUGUGUCAGUGCUGCUUAUUCUGUCUUUGUUCACCUGGUCCAAGGCUGUCCUCAAGCCGUUGCAUGAGAGACAGAAUUCAGAACGAUUGGUACCCCAGGAUUACACCUAA